AUGUUUUCUUGCAUUAUACGACGGUGCUUGAACAUUGAACGCAUAGUUCUUUCCAAGAGUCAUCGGUAUUCCACACAAAUUGGAGAAAAUCGUUCGGAUAAAGGACUGGUACUAGGGCUUUAUGAGCAAGAAAAUGAUACAGAAGAGCCGAGACUCUCCCAAAGCGCAAUCCACUUCGAUGCUAAAACCGACGGAAAGCUAUUAAACCUUGUAAAAGAAUACAAUCUAAAAGGUAAACUCGGAAGUGUUAAGGUUUUUACUAAUAUAGACCAUGAAAUUGGAUCGGUUGCUAUUGCCGGUCUGGGUCUGGAAGGAAUUGGUUACAAUGAACUGGAAACGAUUGAUGAAGGCAUGGAAAAUGUACGAAUAGCAGCAGGAAUUGGGGCUAAGACUCUCGCAAAAGAAGGAUGUUUACAGAUCUUUGUCGACCCGAUGGAUUAUCCAGAGCAGGCAGCUGAAGGCAGUGGACUCUCUACUUGGCGAUACCAGGCAAACAAAACGAAGAAGAAUCGUCAACCCAUACCAAAGUUAGACCUUUACGAUGCGAUCGAUGUGGAUGCAUGGACACGUGGUUUGUUUAAGGCUGACGCACAAAAUUUGGCACGAAGUUUAUCAGAUGGUCCUGGAAAUCAAAUCACCCCGACUUCGUUUGCCCAAGCUGCUGUUGAUGCACUGUGCCCUUGUGGAGUCAGUAUCGAGGUGCGCAACAAAGACUGGGCCGAAGCUAAGAAUAUGUCAUGCUUCCUAUCGGUAGCAAGAAGUUCCUGCGAGCCUCCAAUUUUCCUUGAGAUUAGCUACUGUGGGGACGACAAGGCCGGUCGACCAAUUAUGCUAGCUGGCACUGGAAUGACAUUCAACAGUGGAGGGCUGUGUAUAAAGAAUCCAGAAAACAUGAGCCAAUUUCGGGCUAGCAUGGCUGGAGCUGCUUCGGUAGUGGCCACUAUUCGAGCUGCGGCUGCCCUUUCCCUCCCUGUCAAUUUGGUAGGACUUAUUCCGCUGUGCGAAAAUAUGCCAUCAGGCAUGGCGUUUAAACCUGGAGACGUAAUAACAGCCAUGAAUGGAAAGACAGUUGCUAUUCACGACACAAAUAAUGCGGGUCAACUGAUGCUAGCCGAUGCUUUUAUCUAUGGCCAGACGACCUUCAAGCCGAAGCUAGUUGUGGAUGUGGCCACGCUUUCGGAAGGAAUUGUCCAUGCAUUAGGUGGUGCAUCUAGUGGAGUAUUCUCAAAUUCUGAUUUUCUUUGGUCUCAGAUGCUAAAAGCUGGUUCAAUAUGCGGCGAUCGUGUCUGGCGUAUGCCGUUAUGGCAAUAUUACACCCAUAAAGUAACAGAGUACAGCAAUGUGGAUAUCAGUAAUGCUGGUCGAGGUAAAGGAAGCGCUUGCUUAGGAGCAGCAUUCCUUAAAGAAUUCAUCCCGUGCGCAGACUGGGUGCAUAUGGACAUAACCGGUGUUGGUAUGGUCAAACAAGGCGCCGGCAUCCCGUAUCUCGAAAAUGAUCGUAUGACAGGACGACCAACCCGUACUCUCAUUCAGUUCCUUCAGCAGUUAGCAUGUUCAGAUCUGCAGAAACAUGAUCUGAUUGAAACCAAAACUGGCCAAAAGUAG